AUGAUUUUGCGCGCUCUGUCCUCCCAAUCAGCGUCCGCAGAGGUGAUCAUAGGGAGCUCAGGUGUCAAAGACCCUAACCCCAUAGAUAAAGAUACUGAGGAAAAGGAUUGGGAGGAUAUGGACUUUGUUGAUGAGGUAGAUGAGGAUACCAUAUGGCUGGAAGGUGAUCCAACUGUAGAAGAAGAUGACUUAACAGACACAGAUUUAUUGAACGACCAGGCUGCCUAUCCCAUACUUUUGAACAAUGUUCAGAUACAGUAUGCCAAGGCGCUGAGGGAAUACUGUACCAAUGUGAGCUCCACCAAAGCUGGGCUGAUGGAGGCCUAUCAUUCUGUCAUCCUGUCUGUUUUUACCACCGCCACCAACCAUGAUUUAUGGGGUCCUCUUCAUUCACCUAUAGAUUCCUUCAUCAUGGCUACCAGCAUCAAUAUCCAAGGACACUUUGUUCCUCUGCAUCUGAUCUCCAGUCACCUGGCCAAGUUAAUCUACACCACCAUGUUCUCCAUCCUGACAGAGGUCAUGAAGACUUCUGACCCAUACAAAGGUCACAUUGCCCUUCCUCGACUUCAGUUCACCACAUUUGAUGGCCCUGACUUCACCUUUGAUGGGAAACCGCUCUCAGUCACCUCCAUGACCAAAAAUGUACCACAGCAUCUACUGAGAGAUGAUCCUGAUGCUGUGCUACAGCAUCUCAAGAACCCGGAAGAAGUUGUUGAUCAGCCUCACGAGCAUGUCAUAGGCUGUGGAGUCCUGGCUUCAGAGAUGCAGGCCACCUGGAAUCCACUGAAAUUUGUGAUGGCAAACCGCAAACUCUGCAAAAAGUAUUUCAGUAUUGAUUCCAGUGGAAAUCCUGUUCCGCUCAAGGGGCCAUGGGAGGAAUACCUGUGGCAGGUUGAAGAGUUUAAGGAGUGCUUUUACUUCCUAUUUCAUCAGAUCCCAGAAAUGCCAAAAUGA